UAGUUUGUACCUGUAUGUUUUGGAUGUGGUACGUAACAGAUGUAUUCUAGCAGUAAGUCUGUUAGCGCUUAAAGUGGAACGUUCUGGUAUACAUGUGGAGCUGUGCCUGAGAAUCUGGUAACAAAAGUUAUUGACUAAAAUGUUACAUUUCAGACACUAAUCCAGAUAGCUCACUCAACAGAAUAAAGCUAAUCCAUUCCUUGUUAGAAAUGCUGCCCACAGUCUCUGAAGGAUGUAACAAAUACCCCAUGCCUAAGCUCCACAGGGCUCCUCGCUGCCUGGAAGUGAAGAACAACAGGAAUUCUACUGGGAGGUUCUGAGGCAGGAGGAUCAAGGAUUUAUUUUCCCUUCCAUAUGGGGGAGAGAGUAAUUUAAGAUAAAACUGAGGCUUCUACCUACAAAGAUGGAUGAUAUCUCCUAUGUUUCCAAUAGGGCUGCAGCCAGACGGCUGUAUAUGAGGGCCAAGUGGUGGUAGGAAAAUGUAGAGCAGGAUGACCCAAGAUACUGCUGGUCUUAAAUUGAGCUUUGAAUAUUGGCUGGAUAAGGCUGUUCAGUGGGGUCAAACCACUACUUUGGAAUCCCAGCAAGAUGUCUGCCUUCACUUGCCUAAAUUACAGGAGUUUCUACAGCAGAUUUAUGAAUCCUUGAAACAUAUGAACUCUACUACAGCAAUUCAGAGAUUCCCUUUAAUUGGUCAACUACUAGGAAGGCUUUGUUGGAAUCCCUUUGUUGUAGGAUAUGAUAAGAGCCAGAAAACUCUCAUGUGGUGCUUAAGUUGCCUGUACAGCAAUGAACCGCAGAACCCUGUGGAAUUGAAGGCUAACAGCUGGAUACUGAGUUUGCUGUGCCAUCUCCUUUCUUCUUCUGAGUGGGGAACUAAUGAAGUUGGUACGGGUACCUUUAUUUCUGCUCUUGGCUACACGUCUGUAGAUUACUAUUCUAAACUGAUUAAAAAUAUAGUCUUAUCAUUACUGACAGAACUCAAAGGAAAUCAGUUUAAUGGACUUAACAUUCCAGGGAGAGUUUCAGAUGAUUAUGUAAAUGCAGUGUCUCUUUUCUGCGUACCUCUUAUCACGUUGCCUGAUGUGACUCCUCUACUGGAAGCACUCCUUACCUAUCAUGGAGGUGGAUCACAAGAAGUUCUCAGCUCAGAGUUUUUAGAAGCUGUGAAUGAGACAUUUUUAAAGAAGAAGAUUGCCCUCUCUGAAUCAGCUAUCAUAAGCUUGUGGCUUCGUCAUCUGCCUAGCCUUGAAAAAGCAACACUGCAUCUUUUUGAAAGGUUGAUUUCCACUAAGACAAGUUCACUGGAAGAAGUAGCAUGUAUCGUAAAAGAUUCAUUACUGCCACAAGUAUCAUGCCAACCUGCCAUCUUCAGAAUUGUUGAUGAAAUUUUCAAGAAUGCACUGCUUGAAACCAGUGGAACUCCUGAAGUAAUGACCAUGAUACAGGUGUUUACACAGUGUUUUGUUCAAGCUCUCCAGAAGGAUAACAAGCAGCAUAAAUUUCCUCUGAAGGCCUACUUUCCUCAUCAUCAUCAGCCUCUUGUAGUAGCCUUACUCAAACAUCCUUUCGAUUUGCCAGCUGUGCUCUGGUCUCAGCACCUGAAAUACAUUACUGACAUGCUUAAAGCAGUAGUAGAAGAUAAAAGCAUUAGAUCGCAUGCUGAUCUCUUUGAGAGCUGGUUUUUGUUGGCUCAUUUUGGAGAAUGGAUUGAUAUUGCUGUAGAGCAAUUGCUGAAAUCUGAAGAUAAGUCCUCAGAUGCUUUUCUAUGGCUGCUAGCAUUUUACUACAGUCCACACAAUGAUAAAGAGCAGAGGACUCAAACGCUGGUAGAAGCGCGAGCAGUGUAUGAUCGUCUGAUGAUGCUCUUCAGCUGUACAACCCUCUCCAUCACAGAUCUGCAGGCUGCAGCUAACACUAAAACAGAUAAGAGGCAAUCUUGCACCAGACACCUUGUCAGGCAUCUUCUUCUUAGUUUUUUGCUCUUUUCUUCUGGUGGACACAAGAUUGCUCAAGAGUUUAUUUCACAUGUGAUUCUGGGAAGCAAUUCUGCCAGUGAAGUUUUUGGCCUUCUUACACGUACUGCCUACAGAUUUAAUCAACUUGGAUUAAAAAAUCAAAGGACUGUGAAACUGAUGAAGUAACGAGGCUAGUGACAUACAGCAAUCUCAGAGGAGAAGGGGACAAAAAUCCAGCAAACACCGAUUAGUGCAACAGCUUCAACAACUGCCAGAAGAGAGAGUCAUCCUCCCAUGUAUUAAGGCUUUUCCCACUGUAUUGCCAUUUAUGGUGCAAUGAUCUCCCCAAUAUGGAGAAAGGCUUUAUAUUAGCUUGUGAUUUAACAAAAUGUAUAAUAGUAUGCAAAAUGAAAAAACCUUUUUUUAAAAUAAACUUUAGUUCAAAACAAAUGCUCUUGUACUUGAUCCAAAAGCUCUCUCUCAUUUUCUGUACUUCACAUUCAGUAUGUUUGAGUGUUAAGUAACAAUGGCCGAAAAGAUGUAAUCAGCUCUCCUUUCUACAGCUGUUCCGGAAAUAUCUGUUUAAUCUUGUUUUGCUGCCGUGCCAUUGGCUUCCACCAGAUUGCAAAGCAUGAGCACCAAUUAUGCCCCACUAUGCCAAUGAGAAUGACAAAACUAAUCCGAACUAUCUCCUCCCUCUUACUUCACUACUAUAGCUGCACAGGACUCAAUUUCUCAGCUACACUAAGUCUGACCAUGAAACAAUAACUCAUCACCUCUAAACCCUCAGCCAUGAUAUGAUGUCUCCAACUUUUAAAUACAUACACAAACACACACACACGGCUUGACAAAUAAUGUAAUCUACUUGCCCGUGGUGAGUAGAUUACAACCCGGAAGAGCCGGCGCAGAGCGAUCUGCGCAUGUGCAAAGCGCAGAACCGCGUGAAACCGUGCGGCUGGCGAGCGGGGCUCUAGGACAGAUUACAUCUGAAAGCAUGUACCCACUGUCUAAUUCUCUAGCAUAUGGAGUAAUGCCCAUGACCCUAAACUACCAAUUAUUAUUAUUGUUUUCUGUGUUGCUGUAGCAAUGGUGUUCCCAGGAGAUUAGAGACACAAUGUGCGUGAAGUAAUAACUUUCAAUGGCCCAACCUCUGUUAGCAAAAGAGACAAGCUUUCUUCUUUGGGUCCAGGAAAGGUACUCAAGAGUGUUAUCUAUAGCUAAAUACAAAGUGGAGCUGACCAUUAACAGUACCUUCUAUAAAGAAAUCGAAGACUAUGCCAAAUUGCAAUUCUCUCAAUUUAAGGAUAUCAUCAACUCCUUGCCCAAACAAAUCCACAUACAAGUUCAUGCCACCCAAGGUAGUCUUCCCAGGAUACAUAAAUAACUGAACACAGGCAAAGCCAUCAUAAUGGGCCAUGACUGUCUUACUGAAGGAGCAUCAAAUCUCAUAGAAACUGAACCUCUCACCACACAAAGGACCAGCUUCCUUCAGAACACAACCAACCAUUUACAGAAACUAGGGAUGUUAGAAUGUAACCAAAUAACCAAUAAGCUGAUGCUUACUAGUUAACGGUUUCAGUUACACUUAGCUGGCUCCUUAACAGUAUAAGUUAUGCUUUAUACUGCAGAACCACAAUGCAGGUAACUGUAACUGCUGAGAUUUUCAGUGGUUACACAAUUACUCUAAUGAAUGCUUUUAAAUAUCUCUACCAGAAACUCUGCAACAUUAACAACCUCCUUCAGAGCAUCAUUCUUGCCACCAUCCUAUACAGCUAUAUUUCUUGCAACGAUGAUAUAGCUGCUGGUCUCAAACAUCUAGGAAUAGGAAAAUAAACAUUUAGUUCUCACUCCUCAUCCCCCAACAUCACUAAAUUCAUUCAUUUCAUCUUCACCCCUAAUCCUUUACAUUAAACAAGCACUCGGCUCCAAAUAUGGGAGCAGCCAUGGUACUAAGAUGGCUGCCCAAUAUGUCAACCUCUUUAAGAGCCCUCUUGAGGAAGAAUUUCUGAAGUCAAUGAUGUGCCUGAGAUCUGGCAAUAGUAUUUCCAUUCUCUCAACAGAUAAUCUAAGCUCCCUCAGAUUUCCACUAUAACGUAGACAACUACCACUCACACACCCACAAAACUCUGCCUAGGAUACUUCAUCAUCAUCUUCCUGUGUGUCACUGAGUUUCAACAAUGGAACCUACAGACAACUAUAUACAAGAAAGAGGACGUUACCUUGUGCAGCAAUGGUGAUUUUUCUAAAUGUCUCCCCCCAUGGGUGCUCCACUGUAGGUGUCAGGCUCGUCCUAAUGCCACAGAUUGGAGUCUUCAACAGCAGUAGUCAGCUGGACCGUGCAUGUGUGGUCAGCAUCUUGCAACUUUCGCACCCUUUCUCUCGUGCAUGAAAUCCAGUUCCUGCCAGUUACUCUUGUCCGCCCGAGUUGUGACGGCGCGUUGGGGGUCCCCCGUCUCCUGCACCCCGA